CAAUGCAGAAUGAGGUACGGCAUUACUACACAGACGGCUGAGCAACAUAGCUUGUCACAAAAACAAUUAAUAUUUGUACACAUCAAAGAGCAUUAUGUGUAUCUAUUGAAUCAAUUCUAGAUUAUAUUAAAAUAGCAUUACUAUCAGAGAUAUAGAUCAAAUUCCUUUAAUUGAAUACAUGUAAAGAUUUACCAUAAAUUCAUUUUGUGAAUAUUUUGCGUUCUUUUUUUUUCUUUUUUUUUUUUAAUUUUAGAGUUGUUCGGUCCAAUGUUCUAAUUUUUCACCAUUAUAGAGAAAUUAACAUUGUAAUCUAUUUUCAGGGAUUUUUGUAUGGCAUACUUAAAGAGGGAAAAUUCAGUUCAGCCCAUCUGAAAGGUAACAACAUUUUAAAGUUUUCAAUGCAGACGAUAUCAAUAAUUAUACAGUGUGUAGCUCUAGAAGGCAAUGUUAGCGAACAUGUUUGAAGUUUGCGGUAUGUUUUGAUUUACAUACGGUUAUGAUAUGUUUGACAUGUUUUACCACCAUAUAUUUAUCACGCGUUUGAAGUUAUGAUACGUUAAACUUAUGUUUCAAACAUAUGGUAGUCCUAUGUUCAAAACAAGUUUAACACAUGGUGAUAAAAUUAGGUGUUAAAACAUAUGAUUGACAUAUGAUAAUCCAAACAUACGUUAAUGUUGCUAUUUGACCUGUGUAGACUGAUAUCUGCUCAAUACCUCGAUGUUUACUUUAGAAACGACAAGACAUUGAACAGGCGUUUGCAUUAAAUGAAGCACUUCGAUAUUUUUGGCUGGAUUUAUAAUGGCAGUGUUUAAAAGUACAAGAUCCUCUUCAAGAUAUGACGACAGAGAAGAUGACGAAGGAGACGAUGAUAUAAACAAAGCAUCAGACUUCGUGUCCUCCGUGAAAUCAAAAUCGGAAACAGGCUAUACUGCAGAUUCCGAGAGUGGCGGUGAGGAAAAUAUUGAAGAUAUAAGUUGCAAAGAUGACGUCGAUGUCAUGUUAACCAAAUUAGAAGAGGAACACGUUUUUCACACCGUUCGAAGAGAAGCAAUGAAACCUCAUAAACCGUUGGUGGGGGUAGAGUUCGACCCUUCUUGGAACAAAAAGAUCGGCGCCGUGGAAAAGACUGCAAAGCCCGCACAACAGGAUGACGAUUCACCGGCAGAAGAAGUGGAGAGUGAAAAAGAAGAAGAUAAAACUGGUCCAGUCGAUGACCAUUCCAGCUCGUACAGUUCGGUGGAUGAAGACAGCUGGGAAAGUGAAUAUGAUGUGCCUUCAGACUUUGAAAGUGAUACACCUAGUGAACCAGGGGAAGAAGUAGAAAGUUCUGUACAACCCGGAAUGAGUAAAACAAAAUUAUGUAGUGAUGUUUCCAUCGAAUAUCCAGAUAAGUAUAAUUUCGGGGAAAUACAAGCCAUUCCGUGGUCACAGGAGAGGCGGGCCAACGAGAUAAAAGACAUUGAUUUAAAAUACACGGAAAAACUCUGUAGUGACAUUUAUUUGAUGGUGGAUAUAUCUAGAAAUAAAACAAUCCUGGUAUUUGAUCAAAGUGACGAAGCUUUGGUGACAGUCUCUGUCAAAGUUCCCGGUGAUAAAGAUUCUGGAUACAUUUAUGAAGCAAGGAUAAAGAACAGAUCAAAUUGGGUCGCAAGGGUUGCUGAACAUAUGGGCGAUCAAAUUAAAUUUCACGCAACAGAAAUCGAGUCUUUUUUCAUCGUAAAGAUUCCUCUGAAAGAUUCUGCUAUGAUUUCCCCGCAGGGAAACACACUCUCUUUCAAUCACACAAAGGGUGUGUCUCUGGAUAUACCAUCACAGACCGUAAACAAACCUCAGCCCAUUGUCAUGCAGCUCAAUGAAGUGGACAAGCAUGCAAUGAAGCGCCGUCACAGUUUAUGCCCUGAAAAAUUCAACAUCAAUAAAAUGUCACAAAGGUUAUUCAUCGAGCAUGAUAUACCAGAAUUUCUCAAACCUUUUUCGGUGGAACUGGAACUUGAAACCUUCCGUGAGUCAGCAGACAACGACGCUCUGGUACCAGUAGCCUUCCAUUGGAAAGAAGGGGAACCAACUAUCAAAUCUAAAGCAGAAUAUGCUUUAAAUCGGGAGGCCAACAAAGUCGUGAUGACUAUGAAGACUUUCCUAAAUAAAUCGGGAGUAUCUGUUGGUUUGGUUGCUCCUGGUAAAAUAAACCUAGAAGAGGCCAAACUUGUUUAUGCUGAUAUGUUCCUGUGUAAACUGGUAAUUCACAUCAGAAUCGUCAAACCUCAACAAGCUAUGGUUUACAUCAACUGUGUAUUGAUAGAAAACCUUCCAAAAAUUCAAGAACAGUAUCAGUGUUUAUGGAGGAUAGGAGAAUCGGAAGACAUAUAUCUCAAGAACUUCCAAAGAAUCCGAGUCCAUCUGUCUGGAAAUUCUGUUCGUAGAAAGUCCAAAACGCAGAGGGUUCUCAACUGUUUCAUCGUGUUUUCUGACCAAGCAAAGCAGAAUUGUUUAUCAUUUCCAGUUGAUAAAGACACAAGGAUGGGCUCGAGCCCGAGUACGACAUUUGAUUUUAGUUUGGACAGCGGUUCAAAAAAGAAAAUCCACCGACAAGAGUUCGAUCCAUGGAUGUUAGUGGGAAUGAAAACCUGUUCCACAGGAAAUAUUUCAGCGUUAAAGCGCAGCAGGGGACAAACAUCUGUCGAUUUUAAAUCAAAAAGGCAACUUUAAAGAAUGAUUACAAUAAAUGUUGUAAAGGAUA